AUGGGCAACUGCGCCUCUUCCGCCCAAGAAAAGGCAGGCAGGGCCAAAUCAGCCGCUAUCGACCGUCAAAUCGAGGAGGAUGCAAAGAAAUUCAGGAAGGAAUCGCCUCCAUUGUGCCUUAUUCGACGGAAUGCUGCGUCGGCCCCUUCCCGUUCCAAGCUUCCUUUAUGCGCUCCUUUCCCUCGGCGUUCUCAUUGUCUUCGUCUUGUUCUAGGCGCCGGGGAGUCCGGAAAGUCAACGAUCGUCAAGCAGAUGAAAAUUAUCCACCAAAACGGUUUCACUAACGAAGAACUAAUGACCUUUCGACCCACGAUAUACCGUAAUACACUCGACAGCGCCCAAGCAAUUGUACUUGCAAUGCGCAAGAUCAACGUGGACUGUGCUAACCCCUUAAAUAGAGAGAAUGCAGACAAGAUUCUGGAUUACAGAGUAGACGCUACACCAAGCUUCGUCUUCUCUCCGGACAUUGCAAAGGCCAUACACGAUCUAUGGCAAGACCCGAUUAUACCCACCGUUCUCGAUCACAGCAGUCAAUUCUAUCUCAUGGACAGCGCAGCCUAUUUCUUUGGUGAAGUGCUCCGAAUAGGGACCUCCAACUAUCUUCCAACUGUAGACGAUGUCUUGCGUGCCCGUGCAAAGUCUACUGGCAUCACAGAAACCCACUUUACUAUGGGUCAAUUAUCGAUACACAUGUUUGAUGUCGGCGGCCAACGAUCAGAACGAAAGAAGUGGAUACAUUGUUUCGAGAGCGUAACCAGCAUCAUCUUUUGUACCGCACUGAGCGAGUACGAUCAGGUGCUACUCGAAGCAAAGGAGCAGAAUCGAAUGGUCGAAUCCUUGAUAUUAUUUGAGUCUGUUAUCAACUCGCGGUGGUUCCUCCGAACAUCGAUCAUAUUGUUCCUGAACAAGAUCGAUGUUUUCAAAGUGAAACUACCAAGGGUACCAUUGGAGCACUAUUUCCCAGAAUACACUGGUGGUUCAGAUAUCAACAAAGCCGCCAAAUACAUACUGUGGCGGUUCAUGCAAGCAAACCGGGCAAGACUGAGUGUAUAUCCACAUUUAACCCAAGCAACGGACACGUCGAAUAUUCGGCUCGUAUUCGCUGCCGUCAAGGAGACUAUUUUACGCAACGCACUGAAAGACUCGGGAAUACUCUGA